AGGAAAGCAUCAGCCGUGUCAACUGAAAAUCCGAAUUAUGAUAGCACCUUGGUUACUGCAAACACAAAUGAAAUUAAUGGUUUAGACGGAAUUGAAUUGUACGCCGAAGUUAAAAACCAACACGACGUCGAUGAUAGUGGGCAACUCUGUUGUGGAAAAGAAAAUGAAAACCCUUCGUAUGAGCCUGCAAAAUCACCUGACGCUGCUGUGGUUAACCCCAUCUAUGAAAGAAACAGAAUGACGGAGUUUUCAGGAGAUGACUUGUACAGUGAGGUUAAAGAGCAACAAAAUUGUGAUGAAGUACCUUGUAGGGAAUACGAAAAUGAAAACCCGCUUUAUGAAUCUGCUGCCUCUGACGAUAUCCUAAUGGUCAACCCCAUUUAUGACAGCUUCACCUGAGUACCGAGCCCCGGAAAUUGUGAAAAUUGCUCGGGGGUGGCCGCUGAUUUGAGGACUGACAGGCAACCGUGCAUGUAUAACAAAUAUGAGUAGCACAGAGAGAGCUGAUAAUUGAAAAGGAAUAGGAUUUUAAAAGUUUCUGAGGUCUUCUAGCUUCCAAUUUAUGCUUUUAUUGCGAGAAACUAGGAUCAGUAAACUUCUUUGUUAAUUAUCUCCUGAGCAAUCUAAUUAAACAGGAAUUUUCAUGCAUUAUCCUUUGCAAAAAGUAACACCAACACCGAGCAUACAAUGCACUAAUAAUAUGAAGUUAAAAUAAAUGAAUGGGUUAAUUAAUAAAUAAAUAAAAUAAUUAAAUUUCUUUUGAUAUAUAACUUUUCGCGAUCUUUUCCGGGGCACCCUACUCUCUGCUAAAUAAUUUUUCUUCAUUUCCUUUCUCUUUCCCUUGAUCCCCCGCAGUAUGAGACAGAUGCGAUCAGCACUACACUUCAGUUGGACGACUUUUUCUGAUCUAAGGGAGAUAUUCGAUGACGUUGAAAUGCGUCUAAACAACUGCCGGAGUGGACAGAUAAGUUUUUUUUUUUAUAGAUACUCUUAUCAAAAAAGCAAUAGAGACAAAAUGCUAUGAAAAUCAACUGCCUCAUUUUUGGUCAGGGUUUGUGAGUUGGCUUAAGCCUGUGAAGAUGAUAGACAUCGCCAUGAAGUAAGAUAGAUAAAAUAAAAAAAUUAUUUCUCGAACGUUCCGUAAUUACCUUUUUUAAAGCAUUUUCACGCGCUGAGUUUCAAAUACACAAUCUUUAGAGACAGCGACUGAUAGUGUACGAAUACACUGAACGAUAAACUAAUUUGAAUUUCGGUGAUGUAAACGAAAUAAAUUUUGUACAAAAUUGGCACACGACUGGCCAAAGUGAUAAAUUUAGGCUAGGCCACAUAUAGAUAUGCUCGCUUUGACCCUGACCUCAAGUGAUUUUGCAGGUCUUUGGCAAGUUCUAACGUCGGCAGUUUGUCACGAAACAUACUCCAUGUUCACACAACUAAUCAUAAAUUUUCCUUCAAUCUAUUCUAGUUGAUCAUAUCUUUGCUUUCUAGGUAUUUCCGAAGCUAAAACUCGGUGUAUAAGUUCGAUUGGACAAACAUACAUGCAAACCAAGAGACAACACAUGAUAUUGCAGCGGAAAUAUUGGCAUAUGAAGCUGUCUUCGAAUUCUGUAUUAAUUUACGUGUAAAGUCAUUUACGUCUCUCUCGUGUCAUGGGAUACAAUUUGGCCUCAGUGUGGUUUUGUUUCUUAUUUCCUCUUUAAGCCGGGGGAGCUCUAAAUCAUGUCGAAAACAGACAUAAUCGUAUGCAUGACAGAAUCUGCAGCUGUUUUCAUUUAUCACAGAUGAACUUUCUCAAAUCAACAGAGCGCGUAUAACUACUGUUAAUCCGGGUGGCCAUUGUCCUGAGUAGAAUCCACGUUAAUUAAAUCGUAUAACCUUCAUGCUACGUCAUACGCGUCAUUUCGUAUCACAUGAAAAUUCAUAAGAUUACAGUAAUAAUACCAGCAGUACCAAGCAGAAGUGAACACAGACGUACCUUGUAAACAGUACGAACUUUCAAAACAAUGCAGGGAACAAGGGCAACCCGGCUUAUUCUGUUGGCAGGAGUGCUCUCCGUGAAGACGUGGGCAAAAGACGCAGGUGACGCAAUAACACAUGCUUCUACAUUGCGUUUGGUCCAAGGACGGACUGCAAGAGAUGGCCGAGUUGAAGUACGUCGUUCCGGCGCCUGGGGUUCAGUGUGUGGCGAACAGUGGGACUUGGUGGAUGCUAAUGUUCUUUGCCGACUGUUGGGCUACAAUGAAGCCUUAGCAUAUUACCAAAAUAUCACUUUCAAGCAGAGCAAUAAUACAUUGUGGCUAACUGACGUACAAUGCGUUGGAAAUGAGAGUUCUCUUUUUCAUUGUGUUAACUCUGGCUGGGGAAAACGCACUUGCAAUGAAGGUCUUGCUGCUGGAGCAACGUGUUCUGAUAGAAGCUGGGGCAUCUCGUUAACAAUACCACAGUAUGUUUCAAGCACACUGGACUCUCUUACAAUAAAGUGCAGCAUACCUGACGUGACAGAUAUAACGUACACAAUACAAAUAUGGUCGAACACAACUGACAAAUGGUAUGAUAGUAAAUGCCGCCGACGAAGCAAUGUAGUUGGAUCGUGCGUUGUCAAGGUACCCAAGGCCAUAAUAACUCUUACUGGUCUGAGCCCCGGGCACAUAUACUACCUACGACUUGUUUCUCCUUAUCUGGUGUAUAGUCAGGUAUCGGAGUCAAUGGCUACGAAGAAAUUAGGUGAUCCGAGUGUACCACGAUUUGUCUCAAGCUCCGAUAGAUCUAUCACAUUAGUUUGGAAGCCAACUCCCACUGAGUUCACAAACUACUCAGUGGAAGCAAAAUGCUGCGGAGAAACUACAUGGAAAGCGGUGGAAUGUGUGGAAAAAUUAACUGAUACAGGAUGUACUGUUAGUAAUAACACAGCAACUGUUAUUGCUCUCAAGAAAGAUCAGGAUUAUCGUUUCAGGGUGUUGGCGCUAUACAAGAGUUGGAAAAGCACACCGAGUGCAUCAAGUGAAGCAAUGAGGAUAAAAUCAAACGAUGAUCCGCACAGAAUUUGGAUUGGUUCCAUGAAACAAGAAUGUGUAGCUUCGAAAAUAGGUGAUAAAAUAACUUUGUUUUGUCACGCUUCCGUUGACGAACCGACCAAUCACAAAUGGACAAAGGGGCAAUCUAUUCUUAAUAGCAGUGGAGAUGGAGUUCUAAAUGUGACGGUUUCUUCACUUGCUGACUUUGGAAUAUAUACGUGUCAAGUAACCACAUCAGACGAUGUAAAGCAGUACAAUAUCACUAUCUGUCAGAUACGGGUACUGAAAGAGGCAGCUACUAAAGAUACUAAAAACAGAACAAUUAUAGCUAUAAUCACCACUUGUUUUAUCUGCUUCGGAAUAUUUAUAAUUGUUCUAAUACUCUUAAAAAUGGCGCAGAUAUAUCGACGAAGGAAAAAACAGUUGAAGGAAACAAACCGCGAGGAGAUGGCCAUGCUGAAUUACAGACAAAAAUCAGUCAGAAAUAACAACGAAGCUGACGAGCUCGACUUUAAUAGCUGAGCUCCUACAAGUUACUAAUGUAAAUACGUUAACCACAGUUGAUGGAAUGACCGCCGUUUCUGCAAAUUUUCGCGCUGC